CAGAGGAACAUUUCAACCGCACUAUAAAACACCCAAAUUUGCCAACCAAUAGCUUGGACCUUCGCUAGGAUGUCAGGUCGCGCUUUUGUUUAUUACGCCUCUCCAGUCUUCGACUUCCCCUCCUCCUCAGUCUCUCUUUCUCUCUCUCUCCCUCCCCCUCUCCGGCGCCCCGAAAUCUCCCCAAAUUCAGCUGGUUUCACCCAAGAGAUCAGCAGGCAAGGGGGAAAGAACGAGUCUUCGAGCUGAAAUUUCUUGGAGGACUGGCUGGCAUUUGUAGGAUUGUGUUCAGGAACGGGGAGAUGAGCUGCUUACCGUGUUCAGGCUCGUCGGGGAAGGAGGCGAAGGGCAUGGCGGCGCUCUCGCCGUCCCCGCGGCCUGCGGCGAAGGCGGCACCAGUUCGAUCAAAUUCACGUGCUUCGGGGUCCAGGAAGGAAGAUUCUGUACCUGUCCGCAGAGGAGGAAACAUUGCACAUGGCCCAGCACAGAUUUUCACUUUCCGGGAGUUAGCUGUUGCUACCAAGAAUUUCAGAAAAGAUUGCCUGUUGGGAGAAGGUGGCUUUGGUCGUGUGUAUAAAGGGCACAUGGAGAAUGGACAGCAGGUCAUUGCUGUGAAGCAGCUUGAUAGAAACGGUUUUCAAGGAAAUCGUGAAUUUCUUGUGGAGGUUCUCAUGUUAAGUCUCUUGCACCAUCCUAACCUGGUCAGAUUAAUUGGCUAUUGUGCAGAUGGUGACCAGCGCCUCCUAGUCUAUGAAUACAUGUUGUUGGGAUCACUAGAAAAUCAUCUGCAUGACAAGGAACCUCUUGAUUGGAAUACAAGGAUGAAGAUUGCUGUCGGUGCAGCGAGGGGUCUGGAGUAUCUUCAUGAUAAGGCAAAUCCACCUGUCAUAUACAGAGAUUUCAAAUCAUCAAAUAUUCUUCUGGGUGAAGACUACUACCCUAAGCUGUCUGACUUUGGGCUUGCAAAACUUGGUCCAGUUGGUGACAAAACUCACGUAUCAACAAGAGUUAUGGGAACAUAUGGAUAUUGCGCUCCUGAAUAUGCCAUGACAGGACAGUUGACAGUAAAAUCUGAUGUUUACAGCUUUGGUGUUGUCUUCCUUGAACUUAUUACUGGUCGCAAAGCAAUUGAUCACACCCAGCCUUCAGGGGAGCAGAAUCUUGUCGCAUGGGCUCGCCCGCUCUUCAGAGACCGAAGGAAGUUCUGCCAACUGGCUGAUCCAUUGCUGCAAGGCCGCUAUCCCAAAAGGGGUUUGUACCAGGCUUUAGCUGUUGCAGCUAUGUGUUUGCAGGAACAAGCAAUAUCUCGUCCCCUCAUAGGGGAUGUUGUCACUGCACUAUCUUAUCUGGCUUCACAUCCUUAUGAUCCAAAUGCACCAACCGCAAAAGAUUCCAGGACCUGUCCAUCUACCCCAAGGGAAAAUAAACACCGACGAACAACCAGUGUUCCUGAUGCUCAACAUGCUGCUGAUUCACUUAUUUUGAACUUCCCAGACUCGAGGAAGGAGACUAUUAGAGGAGAGGAAUUUGAGCAGGAUCGUACUGAAGGUUACGGCAGUGGUAGUAGCUCUGGAAGGAAUGAUGGCCUGGAUAUUCCAGAACUGCUGACUGUUCAUAAUGGAAAAGAUUACAGGGAAGCUGAUAGCAAUCACAAGUCUGCUGUUAAGGUUGAUGCUCGUGAGAAAUAGAUAGCAGAGGCAGGCAAAUGCUGCAGGCAUCUUUGAUAGUACAUAUGAUCAAUGCAUUAUACCAUUAUUUCCAUGUUUCCUAUCAAUUUUGCCAGGAAGCUUCACCAUUGCUAUUUGCUAUUGGUGCCAAUAAUUCCUGACGGAACUAUUAUCGAGAGUUGAGUACUAUUACGGCCACACUGCCACAGGCUUGCUUUUGCAGACCCGGAUAGCCACAUGCUCCAUGGUUGGUUUUUAGUUGUUUCCAUGGAACAGUUCCCAAAAUUCUUCCAGGUAUACAUGAAGACACGAUCUGAUGAAAGGAAGAACCAUUCUGUCGCUGAGUUUCAGAUUUCAAGUAUGUAUUUUGUUCAGUAUCAGCUAUAUUCCGCCUGUAACAGAUUUAUCUCCCUUUGUAAUUAGGCCCCGCAGUAUGCAUCAUUGAGGAAUCAGGAUGAGUUUUCUUGUUUUAUUUUUUGUAGAUAGCACGUUUGGUGUGAGAAUGGUGUGCAGAGUUGCAGCCUGGCUUGUAUGUUUGUACAUGUAAAGGAGUUGUAUUUGUGUGUAGGCUGUUCUUAGAGGGUAUUUAUCCAUACAGUUGUAAUGCAGUGAUUUGCAGACAUGACAUACAUAUUCUGUACAGAAAAAAGUCGUUUCAUUUUA